AUGCCUAUUCUGCCUGUUUUAUCGCCGCCAGACGUGGAUGACUUUGGCUGCAAUCGCAGCAAAUCGCCGAGCGACCUUCGAGUGGAGGUGCGUCUUGACACCGACUCGGAUCGGACGAUGGGCUCGACUUACACCUCCGGCAGCCAAAUUGUGGGCUGCGUCGUCAUAGACUCGCCUCGUAUGAUUUCUGCUCGAUGUAAGUGUGCUUCUCGACGACUCCAUUCAGAUUGUUCGGUUGGAGAAACGGUUGUUCCGCAGAAGGCGAAGUAA